GGGGAGGGGAGCAGCAGCCACCGCUGCACGCCGGGAUCGCGGAGGAGCCGCGCCGGUCCUCCGGACAGUAAGAUGGCGGCCGUCGCCUCCAAGCCCAAUUUCGCCGUCGUCUGCUCUUUCCUGGAGCGCUAUGGCGCCUCGCUGGAACUGCCCGAGUUCACCUUCCCCGAGCUGGAAGAUGCGCUGGAAAAUAAAAAAGCGGUUCCCCAGCCACUGGUUGACCUUCAGUUGAAGCUGAUGAGGAAGAUUGGAAAGUCUGUCAGCAUUGAUCGAUGGGAAAAGUACCUUCUCAGGAUAUGCCUGGAAUAUAACAAUACUUGGGCCUGGGAGAUGGAAAAAAUCGGAUACACUGAGAUGGAUGCUGAAUGCAAACUUGGCCUCUUAAAGUACCUUUGCGAAUGUCAGUUUGAUGAUAAUUUGAAAUUCAAGAAUGUGCUGAAUGAAGAGGAGCCUGAUGCGAUGCGCAUCCAUCCACUCGGCUGUGAUAAGGAUGGGCUCAUGUAUUGGUACCAGUUGGACCAAGAGUUGAACGUCCGGUUGUACACGGAGGAACAAGAUGAUCAAGAUGGCACCUCGUGGAAGCUCAUUGUAAGGGACCGCAAUGAAUUGGCUGAAACCUUGCAGCUGCUGAAGGGCCAGAUAGAUCCAGCGUUACUGACCAAACUCAUCCAGGAAGAAGUGUCCAUUCGCACCAGCCCUGCACCAGAAGAUGAAGAUUGCAAGAAGGAGCUUGAAGAGCACGGGCGAGAAGAAAUGAAAAUAGACGGGGGGCUGGGAAAGCAGCAAAAUAAACUAGAAACAGUCGUAGAAUCAAAGCCGGCAUUGCCUGUGGCAUCUACCUCUCCAGAAGAAGACAACAAGAAAGCACAUUCGGUCAUCAAGCAGCUGGUCGGAGGGGGGGUAAAGACAGAGCUGCCAGUUAAGGUAGAGCCUGCACUGGAGAAGAACAGUGAGAAAGCUGCCGUUGCUAAACUAACCAAAGACGGCAACCUUGAGCGAGUGGCGAGUGGCGAGGAGGGCAGAGCCAGCCGAGGCGAGGUGGUGAAUCGGAGAAGCUCGGGGGACGGGAAGGCGUGCUCGGCUCGGCUGACGGGCGUGGAGUGCGAAAAGCUGGAGAUCAGCAUCAAGGUGGAGCCGAUCGACGGCAUCAAAGAGAAGUCGUCGGAAGAGCUGGAGAGGGCGCUGAGGAACGUGAAGCAGGCCAAGCUCCCUGUGAAGAAGAGGGAGAUCAAGCUGGCCAAGGACUAUGACAGCGGGGUUAAAGGCCCCGUGGGCAAGCCCGUCGCCCCCGUCACCCCCGUCAACGAGCUGCUGAGGGAAGGUUUGAGAGUGGCGGUCGAGGCCGGGAGGCCGCCGGCGGCGGAGGAGGAUGGCAAGCAGCUGGUGAACGGCGAGGUCCCCCCGGCGAACCGGCACAGAGCCGGGGAGGAUAAAGCCGGAGCUUCCGCUCCCUCGAAGACCGAAGAACCCAAGAACGGACAAGGGCCUGAAGCCACGCGCCCGGCAAAGAAGGAGGAGGAAAAUGGGAUUGACGGGCCCGGCGCAAAGGGCGACGCGUCGGCGGCCAGCGCCGCCAGGGAGAAUCACGCAAGCGUGAUAAAAAUCAAGGUCAGCCAGAACUGCGUGGCGAAGGAGAAGGGUGCAGAGCCCGGCCUCCUGGAACUCAGGAAGUCCGCCGACCAAACCAGGUCCAAGUGCGAGGAUGAGGAUUCUUCAAAGUGCUCCAUCGACACCAACCUGUCCGACAAGACGUUACCAGAUAAGAAACGGGCGGAUUGCCCCAAAGGUGUGGAGGAGGGGUGUGGCGACAAGGUUCCCUUGAGGAAGACGAGAACGUCCUUGAAACCGCAGAGUCUGGCAGAGAAGGGCCCGGCAGAAGACGCGCCGGAGAAGGUGGAGCAAAUGGAGGAGGAGCAGAGUGAAGUCAGAUGCUUAAGAAGGUCGCUGAGAAUAUCCAAGCCCACCAUUAAAGUGACUGAGAAUCAAGAGAAGAGAGCGAGCAAGAAGGAAGAUGCGUCGGCAGCCCAGAGUCCAAGUAAAGAUGAGAGCCAGGGCAAAGUGGAGAAAGAUUCCUCUCUGUCAAGAGGAACCAAGCGCAAGGCUAAAGCCAAUCGAAGGGCCAGGUGGACCAAAUCGAGGGGCAGGCGUAGACAGGAGGAGUCGAGUGAGGAGAGCGAGAGUGACCAAGAUGACGAGGAAGCAGAUGAAGCCGGUGAAGGGAAGCCAGCAGAAGAUGAUGAGCCCUGUAAAAAAUGUGGCUUGUCCAACCACCCCGAACUGAUUCUCUUGUGUGACUUCUGCGACAGUGGCUACCAUACAGCAUGCCUUCGGCCUCCGCUGAUGACCAUCCCAGAUGGUGAAUGGUUCUGCCCUCCUUGCCAACAUAAAUUUCUGUGCGACAAACUAGAAGAACGGUUGGAAAACAUAGAUAUGAUGAUAAAAAAGAAGGAAAGAGCUGAGAGAAGGAAAGAGAGGCUGGCGUUUGUGGGAAUUAAUGUUGAAAAUAUCAUUACUCCAAAAGACUUAGUACCAGAAGAACCGGAAAUAAAAGACCUGAAAUCCUUGGACAGGCGAUCAGGACGAACACGGAGAUCCAUUAAUUAUAGGUUCGACGAAUUUGAUGACGCAAUCGAUGAAGCAAUUCACGAAGACAUACAGGAGGCAGAGGGCAAAGGUCAGAACCACGUUCACUUUUUGAAAGUCUUUCACGUUUAAAUUUACAGUGGGCAA